CCGCCGGGCUGCAGCGGCGGCCGGAGCCCGGGAAGAUGGUGUCCUGGAUCAUCUCCAGGGCCGUGGUGUUGGUCUUUGGAAUGCUGUAUCCUGCCUAUUAUUCAUAUAAAGCUGUGAAGACAAAAAAUGUGAAGGAAUAUGUUAGAUGGAUGAUGUACUGGAUUGUUUUUGCUCUUUAUACUGUGAUCGAAACAUUGGCAGACCUUACAGUUGCUUGGUUUCCACUCUAUUAUGAACUUAAGAUCGCCUUUGUUGUUUGGCUUCUGUCUCCAUACACAAGAGGGGCAAGUUUAAUAUAUAGGAAAUUUCUUCAUCCACUUCUUUCAUCAAAGGAAAGGGAGAUUGAUGAUUAUAUUGUCCAAGCCAAAGAACGAGGAUAUGAGACUAUGGUGAACUUUGGACGGCAGAGUUUAAAUUUAGCAGCUACUGCUGCAGUGACUGCAGCAGUAAAGAGCCAAGGAGCAAUAACUGAACGUUUGAGAAGUUUCAGUAUGCAUGAUUUAACAGCUAUCCAGGGAGAUGAGCCUGUGGGACAGAGACCAUAUCAAACUUUACCUGAAGUAAAAAAGAAAGCUAAGGCAUCCACCAGUGAAUCAGUGGGUUAUGGAGAUGUGAAAACAGAUGAAGAAGUGGAUGGAUCCUAUUCAGAUGAGGAGAUGAUAGCAUCCAGAGGUCUCCGAAGAUCCCAAAGCAUGAAAUCUGUGAAAACCAUUAGAGGCCGUAAAGAGGUGCGAUAUGGAUCACUUAAAUACAAAGUGAAGAAGAGACCUCAAGUGUAUUUUUAGGUGACCAACAUCUAUCUCAAGACAAGCUGCUGUAAUAACCUGAUUUCAGCACAUCAUAUGUUCAGGACUUGUACAUUUAAAAAUAAUUCCCUAAAAGCAUUUUAGUAAUUGGUUUUCUUUGAUCAGUUUAAAUAGAGGGGUAGUUUUGGGGGGGAGGGAGGGAUUAUAUAAUUGCUUAGAAUAUUCAACUGACUGUUAAAGCUGGUUAUGCUAUACUUAGUCUUUGUUUAUUAAACUUUGAAGACUUAAUAGUGAAUGGUAUAAAAUAGCGUACCCAAUUUUUAAUGAACUUUGCAAAAGAAAACCCACAGUAUACUUGAAUAUAUUUUGUUCUGGAUCCAGAUACCUGAAAACCUUUAAGAUGUUAUAAUUAUGUAUCUCUAGCUAUUUUUCCUAUAAAUUAUAAAAUGCGUAGUGGAAGGGACCAGUCUCUUCUGAAUCGCAAACUGGUUUGGAUAAUUUGUUUUAUUUGUUCUUUAAAAAUUGUGUAUAAGUUUCCCUGCUCAUUUUCAUCAUCUAAAAUUUUUAAAUAUUACUAUUUGAAAACCAGGUAUACACACAGCACUUUUAUAGCUGUACAGAUUUGCACAUUUGAAAUUGUUUACUUAUUUACAAGUGUACAUUUAAAAAUUGUACUUGUGUGUCACAUUUGGGCAUGUCAAACUUUAUAUCGUACUGCUAAUCUUAUUUUUUUGGUUUUUCUUUUCUACAUAUUAUUUUGGUUUUUUGAACAUAUAGAAAAUACUUGACCAUGUAAAAAUGAUUUGAUCAUUUGUUCCCUCUGAGGUUCAUGUUCACGUCAGGCUUUUUAAAGUAUGUGUGUUUUGGGUUUGUUUUUUUCAAUUAAGCAUUUUGUGUCCAAAAAUCUUUUUUCUGCUUUCAGGUCUGAGUUGUAUUUGAAAAUUGAGAGUAUUCCUUUGAGAACUGUUUGAGUUUAGUUCAUUCUUUUCACCUUUAAAGCUUUAAAGUUCAGCUUGUAUGGCCAGAGUCAAUUAAGUGUUUCCAUUUUAUGAAAUGUUCCAUAAAUGUUUGACCUGAAUGUUUGCUAAUGAUUUAUGAAUCUGGCAUUGACCAAAUCCAAUUUGUUGAAUCAUUCUUCUACAGGCCAUAUUCCCUGUUGCGAAUGAGGACAUUCCAAUGGGACAUAUGUAUUAAGAAGAAGAGAGCUGUUGAUGGUUUUCUUGUGGUUUCUUUCUGGCAUUUUUAAUCAUCCUAAAGAGAAAUACUUUUAUGUGGACUUUGAUCUUUGGGCAUUUUUUCGCUGAAUCAUUGGAAUUUGCUUCUAAGUAUUAAUGUACAACCCAAAUCUAAGAGCUAAAGGAAAGUCUCAAUUAGUCAAUCAAUAAAUAAAUACCAUUGAUUGAUUGAGGCUUUUCUUUAGCUCUUACUAUUGGGCUGUACAAUUAACAGUGAGAAUCAAAGUUUUUAACAUAAGAAAAUAUAUGUUUUAGUAGGUCUUUCAUUUAGAGAAUUUGUGACAAUUUGAUUAAGAAUCAGAUCUGACUUAGGCCACAAGUGUAACUAUACUUGCUCAAACGAUUUUCUGAGGUAUUUUUUAAACUUAUUUUUCGGCGAUUCACUCCAUGGCCCUUAUAUUCCUUAUGGAAUGAGACCAACUAGUGUUUUGCGAACUUUCUUUAGGUGGUGACUUUUGGAGUUGAGGUUAUGAAUUUUAUUUCCAGACCAUUUAACUUAGCAACGUCCACAAUAUCGCAUUCCUUUGACACUCUUUCUGAAUCCAUAAUGGAUCCUCAUAAUUUGAGGAAAUGUUAAUGUUAAGGAGGAAGCAUUGUAAAUAAUGGCAUUCCCUAUUUGGUACAUAAACUAAAAUAUAUUCAGCAUUAGGUUAGAUCUGUAUUCUACUAUUGCUUAAUGAUUAUUUCUAGCCUUUUUAUUUCUGAUAUCCCAUUAUAGUCUUUUAUUUCUGUUUUAUACUCAAUGUUAGCAAAUUUAAUUAUAAAUUAUAGGGUAAGAGUACUGUUAAUAUUUUUAGAAAAAUAGGAUUACUAACCCAGCUUUAUAAAAUGGUAGGUUUUUCUUUGUAUACAGAGGACAUUUGCUUCUAGUUUUAUAGGCACAGAAGCAGGCCCCUUUAAACAGUGAAACUUCAGUUUGUCUAAAGUUCCUUUAAUGUGGAUGAUUUCACAACCUGAACAGAAACUGCAGGAGGCCACUUUACAACUUCUUUAAGGUUUGUUUCAGAAAAUAAAUCAGUUGUUUCAGCACAGUAAAAUCAGGGAUACUAUUUCAUCUCUGCUGGGACCUUUUUCCAAUUUUAAAACCUAAAUUAUUUCUCAAGGAAAAACUCCUAAACAGAGAUUAAAAUAUCAGUCUUUUAUAGCAAAUGAGCCAAAUCUAUCCCUAAAUUUUCUCCUUCCCAUCUCCAUUUCCUCCAUAAAUAGCUCUUCUUUUGGAUGUGGCAAGGUUAAUGUCAUUUCCUUGGUGCUCUUAUUUUUCAGACUAUUCCUUCUCCUUGGUUCAUUGCUUCAUUUUUUUUUUAAACUGCUUUUUUCUUAACUCUUAUUUAAUCAUUUUUAGUACUGACAGGAAAAAAAAGAACUUAAUUUGGAUUACUGUCACUAUUUUUCCAGGGACUCUCUGCGGUGAAUUUUUUAGUUAUAUAUAUUUGUUCAUUUUUCUCUGUGUGCUAGAGAAUUGUUCUGUGUGUUACUGAACUGCUAAUUGCAUUCCUCUGCAACUACAGUUUGUUGGCUUUUGGCUGUCAGAUUGAAAGGAGGCAAUUCCCCAACAAAAGCAUAAUGAUUCUUUUUCUGACAGCAUGGAUUGGAUGAGCUUUGGCUUCUUGGCUUCUGUUGGUACUACCUUUGUACUACAGUAGAACUUUUUCACUUCUCUUUACUGGUCAUUCCUUCAAAAAGUGAUCCAGGGAUGGAAUCUGAUUGCUGUGGGUCUGUAUAAUUAAAAUGCUCAGCACUUCAAUAGAUGCAGUAGAUUUUGUGUCAUUAGAAUCGGACACCACCUUCAUUAACUCAAGUUCAUGUUGGAAUACAAGGUGCAAACCCAAAAAGGGUUUUUCAGAGAACUCACAAUCCUUGGAUCCUGCAAAAUUACAGUAUUAUUAAUUAACCUGCAAAUUUAUUAAAAUACCCAUGAGCUGAAAUAAGUUCUGUUUUUCCACAGUAAGUCUACUUUUGAGAAACGUUUUAAUUUUCUCUUAGAUUUCUCUGCCUUAAGUGUUAGAACUGGUGACCUAUUUUAUUUUAUUUUUUUCUUAUCUCUUCUGAUAGAACUAUAUCUUCAUAGGAUAAGCAGAGUUUAGAACAUAGUGAGUUCCAAUAUUGUCUUUUGACUCAUUCAUUUAUAAAAUAGUGAGACAAAUGUAGAAAAAUAUAUCUGUGGCAUGGAUUUAUAGUUUUGAUUAAGCAUGUUAUAGACACUAAAGUCUUUAAAAAUGCUUGUACAGUUCAUUUUAAAAUUGCAAUACUUUUAACCUUUUCCAAAUCUGGUAUUAAAAAUUAUUACAAGUAUCCAGAGUUUGUAUGUGGGCUAAAAUGAAACUGUGGUAAACUUUAACAUUUUAUGUUCUAAUUUAUGUAAAAAAGCUUUUUGCAUUUUGUCAACUCUUUUGAUAUUCCUUUAUUAGUGAUAUUUUUAAGCCCAUUGCAGUGGCUAUUUUACUACCAUUAGGUAUAAUUUUUGAAAACUUUAAUGUAAAAUAAACUUCAGGUUAUUAGGCAAUAAAUCUUUGUAUUAUUUCUCAAACAAA